UACUUGUUAUUAUCAUUGAAAUUUCAACAAACAAAAUAAAUCAAAACAUAAAAAAAGUGAAAAAGACGAAUAAAUACCAAAUCAAAGUAUUAUUCCAUUGAAGAAAAUCAGAAAAAUGAGUGAAUGACUGUAGGCUAGUUGAAAUAUACAAUAAUAUAAGAUUUAUCAAAAUCAACGAGUAGAUAUAAUGGAUAAAUUAACCACAAUUAGUGCAUCAUUGUUUAUGGCAGCUGAUGUAUUUGCGAUCAUCAGUUUGGCAACACCGGACUGGAUCGUUACAGAUGUUGGUGGUGAAACUCGAUUAGGUUUGAUGUGGACGUGUAUGACAUUGUACAAUAGGCCCCAAGUAUGUUUCACACCUGAAUUACAACCAGAAUGGUUGUUGGCACUGAUAUGUAUUUUUGUUGGAUGCAUUUGCAUCACAACUGCCAUCAUUUUGCUGGCUUCAAGUAAUUGGGAUCGUGAUGUAAUUCCUUAUGCACGUUGGGUUGGUUUUACAGCAAUGGUGCUUUUUUGUUUAGCUGCGGUGAUAUUUCCACUUGGAUUUCAUAUUGAUGAAAUCGGUGGACAGCCAUAUCAAUUACCAAACUCACAUCAAGUUGGUUUCAGUUACAUCAUGUUUGUGCUCGCCCUUUGGAUUACUGUGAUAUCGGAAUUAUUUGCAGGGAAAGUGUGUCUGCCGCACUUUGUUUAGUUUAACCACAACUUUAUCUAAACUUCCAUGGAAUCUCUGCCCAAAACUUCAAGAUCUAUUUUAUUCGAAUCAAUGUAAAUGUAAAGAAUAAUUUUUUCUAUAUUUUAAACAAAUCUUUCGAUAAUAAGUUAUACGAAAAAAAAAAUGU